UUUACCCCUAACAGAGAAAAUUUCCAGAGAGUUUCAGCCAUGGAAGAGACCAUAGCAAGAAUCCUCACAGAGCUUGAAGAGAUCUAUCAAACCCAAUCUCCACUCAUUUCUCCAUCUACUCUUUUAGAUCUUCAAUCCCUCUUAUCCACCAACGACCCAGAUUUCAUCUCCCAAUUCUUCGAUGACCUCUCUUCCAAAGCCCUCUCUCCUUCUUCACUCACCAACCUCUUAUCUUUUACAAUGGAUUCCUCCCCUUCCCAUUAUCUUUUAGCUUCUAAAGUUUACCUCUCUCUUCUUCUUUCCCCAAAUUCCCCUGUCUUCACUCUAUUCACUCCCAUUUCCUUCCUUUCUCUCCUCCGUUCCCUUCGCCGCGCCUUCAAAAACCGUGCUUCGGCCCAACCUGAGGAAUCUCCCCCUCCCAACGCGCCGUCGAAUAAGAAGAGAAAGUGUGGGGGGAAGGGCCGUGGAGCACGGGGUAACGUUAGAAGUUCGGGAGAUUGUAAUGAGGAAGUAAGUGAUCGUUCUGAUAUUAAAGAAGUCUUUAAUGUGUUUGAAAUGUUGGUUUCCGUUUUGGGUUUGAUUCAUUUGGAUAGGUUUCCUGAUAGUUUGAAGUCGUUGGUACAAACUGUAUGUGAAAUUCCUUUGAUGGCAGUGGAAAAGAUAGGGAAUUCAGGUAGUUUUAAUCGGUUAAUGGGUUUGUGUUCGUCGGUUUUGAGUGGAGUGUUGAGGUCUGAACAUGGAGAGAUGGCUAAUACUUCAGCUGAGGUCUUGAAAGCAUUAUCACCAUUGAUAUUGAUGGUUAAAUCGCAAGCAAGAAGUUUUGCAUUGGAGUUUGUGACGCAAAGGAUGAUAGAAUUGGGAAACGAGAGUGAUGGUGUUAAGAAAGCUGUCGUUAACUUCCCUAGGUAUUUGGUUCAAAAGGCACCUGAUAAGGCCGAGCCGCGAGCUCUGGCUGUGGAUUCAAUAAUGGAGAUUGUUAAAGUGAUGGACUUUGAGGAUCAAAUAGGAUAUGUGGACUAUGUCUUGAAGAUGACUCAUGGGAAGGCUAAUCUUAGGCUGUUAGGUGUAGAUCUUAUUUCAAUGAUGUUAAUGUCAUUAAGGGAUCCUUUUGGGGUUGAUUCAGAAGUUAAAACAGGAGAUUAUUGGGGGAUAAAGUGUUUGAAAGCUUUGAUUAUGAGAUGUUCGGAUUUGAGUGCUGGAAUUCGUGCUCGAGCCCUCUCAAGCUUAGCACAAGUUGUUGGGUUUUUGUUUAGUGAUGAUAGGAGUAAAAGUAUUUUGAAGGAAGUAAUGGGAUUAUCUGAAGGCGGAGAGGAGAGGCCGCCACAGUGUGGAAUGAAUGAUCUUGUGAGGGAUAGGUGUAUGGAUGAGAAGGCAGCUGUAAGGAAGGCUGCACUGCUUUUGGUUACUAAGUUGAUAUCCCUUUUAGAUGGUUCUUUUGAUGGAAUCCUGCUCAAAACUAUGGGUAUGGCUUGUUCAGAUCCACUGGUUAGCAUACGGAAAGCUGCCAUUUCUGCCCUUUCUGAGGCCUUCAGAACAUUUUCAGAUGAAAGUGUGACUACUGAGUGGCUACAUUCUGUUCCACGUUUAAUAACAGAUAACGAAUCUAGCAUUCAAGAAGAAUGUGAGACCUUGUUCUUGGAAUUGGUUUUGGACCGGGUGUCUAGAGCUGGAUCUGCUUGCUCACCCAAGAAGGGAUCUGUUUUGUCUGAUUCAUGUGUGACAGCAAAGAGUUUAGAGAGGGAGAUGGAAUUAUUAUUCCCUGGAGGGAUAUUGAUUCUUUUGAAAGGUAUCUGCAAUGGCGAGGUGACUCCAUGGGUGAAGAAGAUUUGCACAAGCCUUGGGAAAAAGAAACGAUUGAAGCCCAAGGUUGCUCUUGCUCUUCAAAACAUCAUAAAGACAUCUGAAUCGAUCUGGUUGAGUCAUUCCAUGCCAAUUGAGAAGUGGACAGCCCCAGCUGGUGCUUGGUUUCUUCUGUCGGAAGUGUCGGUAUAUCUUUUGAAAGCUGUUGACUGGGAAUUCCUUCAUCACCAUUGGCAGCUCCUAGAUAAGCAUGGAACAAAAGGCAAGUUUCAAAGCCCAAGUUUGCAAGGAAAUGGAUAUGAACAUGAAGAAAGCAUAGAAUCCAAUUCAGUUGCAUGGGCAAGAGAUCGUGUUUUCCUCUUGCAAACCAUCUCAAAUGUUUCCAUUGAAUUGCCUGCUGAACCUGCUGCAGAUUUAGCUCACAACUUGCUUAAAAGAGUUGAAAAGUUCAACAUGCAUUCCACAGAGGUUAAUGCUCAUGUAAAAGCUCUCAGAACAUUGUGCAAGCUGAAGUCGUUGAAUCCUGAGGAGGCCGAUCAGCUUGUCAUGAGAUGGGGACAGAAGCUUCUCUCUAAAGCAUAUGAAAUUUUAGAAAAGUACAUUUCUGAUAACAAAGAACCAAAUACCGGUAAUAGUUUCUUUACACCGCCAAGUGGGAGCAGAAAAGGGAAGCAAGCAGCAAGUGCGUCCAGACUAUUGUCAAAAGCAGUCACCGCGGUUUAUACUGUUGGGUCUUUAGUUGUUGUCUGUCCUAGUGCUGAUGUGAGCUCCAUUGUUCCACUUUUAUACACAGUUGUAACUUCAGGGAAUUCUGAUCCGAAGUUAAAUAAGUUACCAGGGCCUAAGGUAUCUUUGAAGCAGACGACCCCUACUUUGUACAUUCAAGCAUGGCUGACAUUGGGAAAAAUUUGCCUUGCUGACGGGAAGCUUGCCAAAAGUUACAUUCCUCUCUUUGUGCAGGAACUUGAAAAGAGUGAUUGUGCAGCCCUUCGCAAUAAUCUUGUAGUGAUGAUGGCGGAUUUUUGUGUUCGCUAUACUGCUUUGGUUGAUUGUUAUAUAGCUAAGAUAACCAAGUGUCUCCGUGAUCCAUGCGAACUUGUCAGACGGCAGACUUUUAUAUUACUCUCAAGAUUAUUACAAAGAGACUAUGUGAAGUGGAGGGGAGUGCUAUUUCUUCGGUUCCUUCUAUGUCUUGUUGAUGAAUCCGAAAAAAUAAGACAACUUGCUGAUUUUCUCUUUGGCAAUAUUUUGAAAGCCAAGGCUCCACUUCUAGCUUACAACAGUUUCGUCGAAGCCAUUUAUGUGCUGAAUGACUGCUGCGCACACAACGGACUUAAUGAUUCCAAGAAUUCACAGACGGAGAGUCAACUUUUCUCCAUCAGGGGUAAUGAUGAGAGGUCAAGGACUAAACGGAUGCGGAUCUAUCUCUGCUUGCUGAAACAAAUGGCACCAGAGCACCUUUUGGCCACCUUUGCAAAGUUAUGUGCUGAAAUUCUAGCUGCUGCAUCGGAUGGCAUGCUCAAUAUAAAUGAUAUAACUGGCCAAGCUGUUCUCCAGGUAUGCUUACCAAAUUCUUGCCUGCAAAGAGAUCCGAGCCUCAACUCAUCGUGGAACUGCAUCGGAUACAGCAGAGGUAGAGGAAGAAGGUGGGGAUAACAGUGCAUCCGCGUCUACUGCCAAAGGGAGGGCUAUAACACAGGCAGUGAAAAAGGGUCUUAUCCAAAACACCAUCCCCAUCUUUAUAGAGCUCAAAAGGCUACUAGAAAGCAAGAACAACCCUCUUACAGGUUCCCUCAUGGGGUGCCUGCGAGUCCUUCUCAAGGACUACAAGAACGAGAUCGAUGACAUGCUGGUCGCAGAUAAACAGCUUCAAAAGGAGCUCAUAUAUGACAUUCAGAAGUAUGAAUCAGUAAAGGCUCGAACAACAGCUGCAGAAGCAGUUGCAAGCAUGCAAAACAAAAGCGUAAAUCACUCUACACCGCCUUGUGUUCCAAAAGCCGCAACAGAAACUCACCCCAAAAACAAAGUGAAUCAGAAGUUGUUGAGUUAUUCGAAAGUGGCAUCAGCGAUGGCGGAUGCGGCCGCGGAAGCCACCGCGCGGUCCAUACUAAGGGAUGUGAACAAGGGAGCAAUGACACCACCACUCAACUCCAUUAGUAUGCCAAAACUCAAGUCUAACCAGGGAGGGAGCUCUGCUAAAACUGAUCGUCCCUUGAAUGUACUGGAAUCCUUGAGGAGAAGAAUUGAUGAUGAAAAU